CGCUGAUCAACACCAACGAACGAUGACCGAUCACACUCUUGCAGCCCUCGUGGCCGCCGCCGCUGUGCUGGUCCUGGCGACUGUGCGCCACUGGAAGACGGCCAUCUUUGCACCGGCACCCCUGCCGCGCGACACCAGCGACCCAAGCAAGCGAUGGCCCAAGCAGCCUCCCACCGUGCCCUUCCUGGGCCACCAGCUGGUGCUCAACGCCAACUCGGACCGCUUCCUGGACCUCUUUCUCGAGUGGCGGCUCAAGUACGGACCGGGCUACGAGCUCACCAUCCCUGGCCGGCGCAUGAUCGACAUCAACCACCCCGUGUGGCUGGAGCAUGUGCAAAAGACUCAGUUCGACAACUUUGGCCGCGCGCACCUGAUGCCCGUCCUGGGUGGCGUCCAGCGCACCGGCAUCUUCAACUCGGACGGGCGCCACUGGCAGGUGCAGCGCAAGGCGGCCACCCACGCCUUUUCGCGCAACCACUUCAAGGGCCCCAUCCGCGACAAGAUUGGCGCCCACGUCAAGAUUGUCGUGGAUCUCUUUGACAACCUGGCCGCCACGGGCCAGGUGUUUGACUUCCAGGACGUCAUGGCGCGCUUCACCAUGCUCCUCUCCCUCGCCGUCGCCUUUUCCGAGCCGGCAGGCCUGGCCGACUGCCUGACGGCCGAUCCUGCGUGUCUGGAGCGGCGGUACAAGUUUGUCGAUGCGUUUGAUGAAGCCUCGCCGCUCAUUGAUUCGCGCAACCGCAACGCCCUGUGGCAGCUCACCGAGCGCACCACGAGCCGCGGCCACGCCAGGGCGAUCCAGACGGCCGUCGACGCCAUCUACGACUUUAUCAACCCGCUCGUCAAGGCACGGCUCGCGACGACAAAGGCCGGCGUCAAGAAUAGGACAGGCGACCUGCUCGACCUCUUCAUGGAGCACGAGUCGGAUCCCUGGACGCUGUCGGGCUGGAUGGCGAGCAUGCUCUUUGCGGGCCGCGACACGACAGCGUUCACCAUCACCUGGCAGAUGUACGAGCUGCUGCGGCCGGGCAACGCGGGCCAGAAUCUGCUGGGACGGGCGCGCGCAGAGGUCGCCGAGCUCGGCCACCAGUUCCACCACUCGGCAAAGGACGCCGACACGCUCGAUUACGACGACAUGAAGGGCCUCACGCUGCACAAUGCCAUGUGGCAGGAGACGACGAGGGUGCACCCGGCCGCGGCACGGGGCACGCCCACGGUGUGCUAUCGCGACACGGUCCUGCCCGCCAUUGCCGACAUCGGCCAGCCGGCCGUUGUGGUCAGAAAGGGCGACGUGGUCAUCUGGCAGGACUGGGUCUACAACCGGCUGCCCGAGGUGUGGGGCGACGACUGCCUCGACUACCGGCCAGAGCGGUUCCUCGACGGCGAGACGGGCUCGCUGCGCAACGUCAGCAUGUGGACCUGGCACUCGUUCAAUGCCGGCCCGCGGACGUGCCUGGGCAAGACGCUGGCCACGUUUGAGGCCCUCAGCCUGCUCUCCGCCCUGCUGCCGCGCUACGACUUUGAGAUGGCGGACCCGGGCAUGCAGGCAAAGUACACGACGGGCCUCAACAUGGGCAUCGAGCAGGGCCUGCGCCUGCGUGUGCGGCGGAGGGAGUAG